UUUAUUUUGCGCCUUGACGGAAUUGAGCGGUCUGUUGAAGGUGUUACCGGCCAUUCGUUUUUAUAUUUUAAACAGUGAUAAGUGAGUUUUAUUAGACUUUGGUGUUUAAUAUGUUGUGAAGAUAUUGUUGUCCGUUAAAAAUGUCGGAUAUUAAGAGUAUGUUUGCCAAAAUGGCGACAACAAACGAUACCGGUGGCGGUGGUGACAAUGGGGAAACAUCUCCACCUCCAAAACCAAAACCGAAACCGAAACCAAAACAAACUAUUGAGGAAACCUAUCAGAAAAAAUCGCAAUUGGAACAUAUUUUGCUUCGUCCUGACACGUAUAUCGGCUCGGUGGAAAAAGUGGAAGAAAAUAUGUGGGUCUACGACAGUGACAAAGAAUUGAUUGUUCAAAAAAAUAUCUCUUAUGUGCCCGGUUUGUAUAAGAUUUUUGAUGAAAUUUUAGUUAACGCUGCAGAUAAUAAACAACGAGACAAUACAAUGGAUUGUAUAAAAAUCGAAAUUAAUCAAGAGGAUAAUAUCAUUUCGGUUUGGAAUAAUGGACAAGGUAUUCCCGUCGCAAUGCACAAAAAUGAAAAUAUGUAUGUCCCGACUAUGAUUUUUGGUCAUUUAUUGACUUCUUCGAAUUACAAUGAUAAAGAGGAAAAAGUAACGGGGGGUAGAAACGGUUACGGUGCAAAAUUGUGUAAUAUUUUUAGCACAAAAUUUACUGUCGAAACUGCCACUAAAGAGUAUAAACGGCACUUUAAACAAGUAUGGGGUAAUAAUAUGACAAAAGCAUCCGAGCCGAAAAUCAAAGAUUUUUUCGGUGAAGAUUUCACGAAAAUCACAUUCAGUCCUGAUUUGGCGAAAUUCAAAAUGGAGAAAUUAGAAGACGACAUUGUGAGUUUAAUGUGUCGACGAGCUUACGACGUUGCUGCUUCAACUCGAGGCGUGAAAGUCUUCUUAAAUGGCAAAAGAGUUCCCGUGAAAAAUUUCAAAGAUUACGUUGAUUUUUUCACUAAAGGAAACGACGAUGACGGAAACGAAAAAGCAAAAGUUAUCUAUGAGGUUUGCAACGAACGUUGGGAGGUCGCUAUGACCUUAUCCGAUCGAGGCUUCCAACAAAUGUCCUUUGUAAAUAGUAUAGCCACUACUAAGGGUGGUCGUCACGUGGACUACGUCACCGAUAUGAUCGUCAAACAAAUUAUCGAAGUGCUCAAAAAAAGAAACAAAGGAGGAAUCACAAUCAAACCGUUUCAAGUCAAAAACCAUAUGUGGAUUUUCAUCAAUUGUCUCAUUGUAAAUCCUACUUUUGAUUCGCAAACUAAGGAAAAUAUGACACUUCAAGCGAAAAGUUUCGGAUCUAAAUGCACCCUAUCUGAGAAAUUCAUCAGUCAAAUUGUGAAAAGUGGAAUUGUUGAGUCGGUUCUCACCUGGGCUAAAUUUAAGGCUCAAACCGAACUCGAGAAGAAAACUGCAGGGAAAAAACAAUCGAAAUUGAAAGGUAUUCCGAAAUUGGAAGACGCCAAUGAGGCAGGAACGAAAAACGGUCUACGUUGCACAUUGAUUUUGACUGAGGGAGACUCAGCAAAGUCUUUGGCGGUGUCAGGUCUUGGAGUUAUUGGGAGAGACUAUUACGGGGUGUUUCCGUUGAGAGGUAAACUCCUAAAUGUCCGAGAAGCGACACACAAACAAAUUUUGGAAAAUGCGGAAAUCAACAAUUUGAUUAAGAUUCUUGGUUUACAAUACAAGAAAAAAUAUAACACCGACGAAGAUAUGCGAACGUUACGUUAUGGCAAAGUGAUGAUAAUGACCGAUCAGGAUCAGGACGGGUCCCAUAUUAAAGGGCUCUUGAUUAAUUUUAUUCAUUAUAAUUGGCCGGAACUCUUGAGGAGGGAUUUUCUGGAGGAGUUUAUUACUCCCAUUGUGAAGGCGAAAAAGCGAAAUGAGACAUUGUCGUUCUAUUCACUGCCAGAGUUUGAGGAAUGGAAGUCGAAUACGCCCAAUCAUCGCACUUAUCAAAUAAAGUACUACAAAGGUUUGGGUACUUCGGACUCGAAAGAGGCGAAGGAAUACUUCAGCGACAUGGGUCGGCACCGUAUCCGUUUCCGCUACAAAGGCCCCGAAGACGACGACCACAUCGUCCUCGCUUUCAGUAAGAAACACAUCGAACACCGCAAAGAAUGGCUUACGAAUUUUAUGGUCGAGAGUAGACGACGAAAAGAGCUCGGUCUUUCCGAAAAAUAUCUCUACACAAAAGACACAAAAUCGGUUUCGUAUACGGAUUUUGUUAAUCUUGAAUUGGUUCUCUUCUCGAAUGCCGACAACAUUCGUUCAAUUCCAUGUAUGGUGGACGGUCUUAAGCCCGGCCAACGUAAAGUGAUGUUCACUUGUUUCAAACGUAACGAUAAACGUGAGGUAAAAGUGGCCCAAUUGGCCGGUUCCGUGGCUGAAAUGUCGGCAUACCAUCAUGGUGAAGUGUCACUUUGUAUGACAAUCGUUAAUUUAGCUCAAAAUUUCGUCGGUAGCAAUAAUAUUAAUCUCUUGGAGCCUAGAGGUCAGUUUGGUACGCGAAUGGCAGGUGGGAAAGACAGCGCCAGUGCGAGAUACAUUUUCACAAAGAUGUCGCCUUUAACUCGAAUGAUUUUCAAUCCUGCCGAUGAUAAUUUGUUGAAACAUGAAUUUGAAGAUAAUCAGAAGAUCGAGCCGGUGUGGUACAUUCCUAUUAUACCUAUGGUCCUGGUUAAUGGUGCUGAUGGUAUAGGCACUGGUUGGAUGACGAAAAUUCCCAAUUAUAAUCCACGAGAACUUGUUAAGAAUAUAAGAGUGUUGUUGGAUCAAGAGGAUCCAACGAAUUUGAUUCCGUGGUACAAAAAUUUCACAGGGACUAUAGUCGACUGUGGCGAUAACAGAUAUGUUGCCAGUGGAGAAAUUUCAAUAAUAGGUGACAACAAAGCAGAAAUUACCGAAUUACCAGUUGGGACGUGGACUCAGAAUUACAAGGAAAGUGUCUUGGAGCCUCUACUACACGGGUCCGAAAAAGUAAAGGCCGUACUUCAGGAUUACAAAGAAUACAACACGGAUACGACAGUUAAAUUUAUAAUCACUUUCUUGCCAGGCCAGUUGGAGACCUUAGAAAAUACAGAAGGUUUGCAUAAAACUUUCAAAUUACAAUCUUUGAUCUCGACAAGUUCCAUGUGCGUUUUUGACGAACUUGGAUGCAUACGAAGAUAUGAUUCGGUGAACGACUUGUUAAAGGACUAUUUCAAGAUACGUUUGAGUAUGUAUCAAAAACGUAAAGAUUAUCUUGAAGGUAUGCUAAAAGCCGAAGCGAGUAAACUGUCAAAUCAAGCUCGUUUCAUCAUGGAGAAGUGCGACCGCACUUUAGUCGUCGAAAACAAGAAACGUAAAGUGAUAAUCGACGAACUUAUCAAAAGAGGGUACGAACCCGAUCCAGUUAAAGACUGGAAACAGAGGGUCAAUACGGAAGAAGAGGAUGAAGGUCCAGGUGAAGAAGAAGAGCAAGCACAAACGACCGAACAGACAGCGAAGAAACCGGUUGAUCCAGAGAAGGCUUUUCAAAAUUCGACCGAUGUUCAAAAGUUUGAUUAUUUGUUGGGAAUGUCGAUGUGGAUGUUGACUGAAGAAAAGAAGAAUGAAUUGUUGCGACAAAGAGACAUUAAAUUACAAGAAUUGGAGACAUUGAAGAAGAAAUCUCAUUCUGAUUUGUGGAGGGAGGAUCUCGAUGCGUUUAUGGAGAAGUUGGACGAAGUUGAAGAGAAAGAAAGAAAUGAGGAAGCUGGAAUUAAACCGAAGAAAACUCAAACGGGAAGGAAAAAAGUGAAUUUGGCGGAAACAAUGCCGUCACCUGUGGGAAAAAGAAUCGAACCGAAAAUUUCCGAGGAUAUGAAGAAGCGCAUCCAGACUGCAAUAAAAGAAAAGAAAAAGAAAAUGAUCAAAAAAGAGAGCACGAUUGAGGAAGUGGAAGAAAAAGACGAAUUUGAUCUUUAUGUACAAAACAAGAAGACUUUAAAAGAAAAAUUAGGCACUCCAGAAGAAGCAGAGAAGAAAGCAAAAACGAAAAAAGCCAAAGAUGGCCUUAAACAAACUAAACUCAAUUUCAAAAAGAAGAGUCCUGAGCCAAAGCUGAAUGGCACUCCGAAAAAACGUGGAAGAAAGGCGAAGCCGACCAGUUCCGAUGAGGAUGACGAUGGUGAAUUCAAUUCAGAUAUAGAAAGUCCGGUAAUGAGAGAACGACCGGCGACCAAGAGAUUAGCAGCAAAACAAAUUAAAUACAAUUUGAAUUCAUCCGAUGAUGAUGAUGAUGAUGGAGAAGUAGAAUUGUACGAUAACAACGCUGUUAUUGAACCCGACACUCGUCAAGAGAAGAUGAAUAUAAGUUCAGACAGUGAAAAUGAAUCUCCCCCACCAAGACACGAAACCUCGGAAGACAUGUUUGAUAGUCUCGUAGGCCGAACGAAAAAGAACGAUGAACCAGUACCUGCACAAAGUGAAACUCAAAAGAGAAAGAUCUUGUCGGAUUCCGAUUCGGAUAUGUUCGUCCGUGAAGAGGAAACCAAAAAAACUAAACCGAAAAAGAAAAAGGUCGAGGCAAAUAAUGAAGGCAAAAAACCGAAACCAGGCAGGAAAAAGAAGAAAUCAGAUGAUGAGGAUAGUAGUGCAAAAAAGACAAAGGGGAAAGGUAAAAAGAAGAAAGAUGACAGCGAUUCAGAUAUUGAAAUUGAUUCUUCUUCCCCGCCACCGGUUAAAACCUCGCGAGCUCCGCGGAAUAUUAAACAGACGAAAUAUGUGUUUGAUUCGGAUGAUUCUGAUUGAAAAUGAAUUUUUUAUUUCACUCGAUUAGAAAAUUUUAAGAUGUAUUCAAUGCAUUGUUUCAAUAGGUAAAUAUGUGUUAGUUACUUGUGAAUUUAAUAAAAAAAUUCUUAUUUUCAUUAUUACAAGUUUUAAUAAUAAAAAGUACGGAAAUUUA